AUGCCUUACUCAUCAAGUUCGCACGUCCCUCUGCUUCCUUCAGAUGCGCGGCAUAAAUUACAACUCCGAAAAUGUUACAAUGAAUCUGCAAAUAUAGGAAAAACGGAUGUGAGGCGACCUCAUGUACGUGAUACAGAGCAUGAUCCUUCCUUAAGACUUGGCAUUAAACGAAGAUACAAUUCUCGCGGUAGCAGUAAUGUAGUCAACUAUCAGCCGGAAGAACACAAACGAGUCAGAAAGUCAAGUCCCAAUUAUGGAUAUCCUAGUACAGAAGGUCACAAUUCUGAUGAAGAAUGGCAUGUGGGCAUAAAUAAAACUAUUCCUCGUAAAGUGACAAGUCUAUCCAGAAAUCCUUCAAUAAGUGGUAAUGUUCGACCACUACAUGGUUAUGGUAAUCGGUUUCAUGGUUAUGAUGCCAGUCAAACAGCUGUAUUCAAUAAAUUUAAAAACUACAAAAUAGAUUUUAAUAAUACUAACCAAGAUCUGAAUAACGAACAAUUACUCAUGAUGUAUUACAAUCAUAUGUAUCAACAAUACUACAGAACGUAUACAGCUACUGCUCUAUCAUUGUCAAAUUACCCGAAUGCUGAAUUACUACCUGCCAUGGCGGCUGCAGCAGCCGCUGCUAACAAUUCAGGUAUCCCACCGGAUUUGACCUCUUUAGGGUCUGUGUUAUCUGGCAAUAAUAACACUUACGAUUUCCCCAAGCAUAGUCGCCAUGUGGAUCUACGUGGAGGCCGGCCAAAAAAGUAUCAUAGACAUGAGUCGUCAAAUGUUUCUUCCCACUCACCUGAUGAACACCGACAACAUUCACAUUCACGCACCUUCCGAUCUAACAGAACAAACGAAUCUUCUCGUUCCUCUGCAAAAGACACAAUUGUAAAGGCAAGAGUAUUCAAAAAAGGCGAAUCAUCACCUGUGGAAGCGAAGAAAUCAGAGUAUAUUUCUGGAGAAAGUGAAAACAGUGAUCAUGAUCAUGCCAAUAAUGAGCGAUUUCAUGAUGAUGAUGAUAAUAAUAGUAAUAAUAAUAAUAAUAAUAACUCUGAAAGUGAAGACGACAAGAGUCAACACAAAUCAUCUAGACGUGUUGUCCAUAGACGUUCAACUGUUGAAAGUGUAUCAAACAAGCAAAAAGAGGAAUCAGUUCAUGCAGAAGAUAGUUCCAAAGUAGUCACAUCAAAUACCCCUGAUGUUGUUGCUGUUGUUAAUGAAGAUGAAUCUAAACAGUCUUGUUCAGGUGGUGGUAACAAUGAAGUCAGUACUACAGAAGUAGUAUCCCCAAAUGAAACUGAAUCCGUUGAAGAAGGUGAGGCUAAAGAUGAUGAUACUUACGGUGAAGAUAGUGAAGAAAAUGAUGGUGUACUUGAAGAAUCCUCUAGUGAUGAAAAUGAUGCAGAUAAUUCACAUGAAACAGUAAUGAGUUCAAAUCAACAAAGACAAAAGAAACGUCAUAGUGGUUCAGAAUCGAAAUCUAAAGUACAAAAAGCUUCCACAUCGUCAAGCUCUAAUCGUAUUGUAAAGGGUGAAGGCAGAAGGCGGCACGUUGAAGUUCUGUCUACUGAUACUUUACUUCCUACAUCGACUGAGUUUGAACAUGAACGUGGAGCACUUUUGCCUACACCAGUGGAUGUGGAUAGACGGCAUCCAAAAUUUCGUAAUUCUGGUGAUCUUUCAUUGUUUCCUACAACGCCUCAUAUUCCUAAUGUUUUAGAGGCUGCAGCAAUUAUGUCAGGUCUAUGUCCAUCUUUAUUUCCAUCUGUAAAUCCAUCUGUAAAUUUAUUGAAUACACUAAGAUGUCCUCCUAAUCCUCUUGAUUUUGCUCCACCUUUUUGUGAUUUAUUCAAUUUGCCUAAUCCACUUGAAAUUCAAAAACAGAUUAAUAGUUUAAAGUUGAACUCACAUCCAUUACCAGACGACUCCUCUGAAUCUAAAUCUAAGUUGAAAUCUGGACGAAGUAAACAAGAAAGUUUGAAAGUGAAAAGUGGUGGUGAUAUCAGAGACAUACGUUGCUCUGCAUAUAAACACUAUAAUUCAAAAUCUCAACGAAAGCAAGAUGAUUCAUCUGAGUCUGAGAGUCAUAGUUCCUCAGGUUCUGAUUAUCAUGCUAGUGUUGUGGUGCGUAAAUCUGCUAAUAGACCAUUACCUUCAGAAAAGUGUCUAAUUAAUGGACCAAAAAGUAAACAUUCAGGGAAAUAUUCAUCAAGUCGGAAAGUCAAAGAGAGGAUAAGAAAAGAUGAAGUAGUUUCAGAAACGAAUUGUAACAAGCCUGUUUCACGAGUCCCACGAGGUCCACGAACACCAUCUAGUCCACCAUUAUCCUCUCAAGAUGAAGAUGACUCUGUUGGUACUUAUUCACACUAUGAUUUAUCUCGUGAAUCCUGCUCUAGAAGUGCUCCGAAUAAAACACGUCGUCAGAAUGAAAUAACCACUUCCAUAUCAGGUCAUUGUUUAACAUCAUCGAAUUCCGAUGAACAUUCAUCUACGCGGAGACCUACAGUGUGUACAAAUCUCCAAUCAACUAGCAACAGGUCUUCUAAACCUCGUUCUUCAAACCAUCCGAAUACUAGAGGACUACGUGCUCGAGAAUCCCGUAGCUCUAAUUGUUCCAGAUCAUCAUCUUCUGAAUCUACUUCUCGAUCGGGUUCUUGUGAAGCAUCAAACAUCAAUAGUACUUCAGUUGAGAAAAAAUCUAGGAACAGAAGUGCUUAUCGCCAUGAUAUUACACAUUCCAAUGUUGGUAAUUCCUAUGAAAAUACUUCACCAAAUCAAUCGUCACAGUUCACACAUUUCCGUAGGGAGGAUACUGGUGAUAGCAGCGAUAGUUCGGAUCAGAGGAGUCGUGCACUACCUGCAGCUUAUGCAAAUCCUCAUCACACCGAUCGACAUUCAUCACAUUCAUCUGAUGAUAAUCAACCUCCACCAGCAGUACCUUCACCGCGUAGUUCGUCAUGUUCGUCCUCAUCAUCAUCUCGUUCAUACCGCCACAUUCGCUCUAGUUCUAGUAUUCCUCCAGAAGAUAACAAAUCACAAAAUAUAAGCAGAUCUCCCUCUACAUGUCGUUCGUCAUCAUCUCAGUCACAACGUGUAGCAGGAUCUGCUUCAUUGAACUCACGCCGACAAGGUUUCAAACCGAACUCGAAAUUAAAUAACAGUGAUGAUCGUAAUCGGAAAUCCCGAUCAACAAAAGAAAGAAACAAAUUGUCUGCAUCUAUCUGUGGUAGAAGUUCUGAUUCUGGUGAUGAUGAUGAUGAUGAUAAUGUGAGAGAAAGAUUGGAUCCAGCUAGAAGUUAUCGUAAAUCCUCAUCAAAUCUUAAGGACAUAUCUUCUGAAGAAUCGUCUACUUUAAGACGUGGAGAUGGUGAUUGUUCUGCUGUUUCUGAAGACGAAAGUUCUUCGACUGAUAAUCGAAGUGCUCAUCGGCAAUCCUCAAACUCUCGUUCCCGCACCCGUUCUCGUUCUCCAUCCUCCUCUUCAUCUAACACUUCUUCAAGAAGCACUGAUCGUAGCUAUUCGAAUCGCAGGAACAGAAGAAGUUAUGUAGAUUCAAAGCGCAAACCAUGUACUCCUGAUUCUUCUUUCUCGGAUGCUCGUAAAUAUGGACGCACUAAGGAUAGGAGAUAUGACCACACGGUUGAAGAAAAACAUUUUACCGCCAACCGUAAGCGAGCUCUUCUCUCCCCGCCAACAAAUACUAAACCGCAGAAUAAAAUGUGGGGGUCAAGAAAAACUUAUGGAGAAGAGGUGUCUAGCCUACCGUCUCGUCAUCCUCAACUUUCUAAUUCACACCACCCACUGAAUAAAAACACCUUUCACGGACAGACCACUUCAAAGACAUCAGGUCGUACCAUGAUUCAAAAAAAUCGAAGAGAAGAAGAAAGUUCAUCCUGGUCAACAGCGACAACAACAACAAAAGCUGCAGCACACGAACGUCGUCGUCCACAAGAUGAACUACAUCAACACUAUGGUGGAUCUUUUAAGGCUCGUACUAUGUACAGUGAUAUGAUUGAUAAUCCAUCCAGACUAAAAUCGCGAUAUAAACAUUCAACUAACAACAACCACAGUGAUAAUUGUAAAGAUGUUAAUGGCAUUCGACAGAAUUACACUACUAGAGAUUAUACUGCUAAACAAUCACAUAUCAAGCCUAAUAUACACGAUUCUAAACUUCAUUGGUCUAAAAGUGGGAAUACACGGGAUUUUCGUCAGCCUAUUGGUAACUCUCCAAGUCGUUCGCCUAUCCAAAGACCAAGAAAACAGAUUGCAACAACGUCAAACAGUAGUCAUCAUCACCAACAACAACAGCGGCGUACACACAAGGGGCAAUCAGAUAUUGUCUGGGAACCCGGUCCUAAAGGUGUCAAAAAGGUGAAGAGGUAUCCCAGUAGAGUUUCUAGUUCCAAGGCUCUUUUGAAGACACCUAGAGAAGAGUCGCGACGUGUGGAUCGUCGAAGUCAACGUGAAUCUACCAGAGGCUCUGAAACACAGAACACUGGAUCUUCAAGUAGUUCAUCGUCUGCUGAAGAGGAUGAUGAUGAAGUUGUAGAUGAUGUCGAUGGACACCUUAUCUACAGUAUUGGCGAUAGAAUAUUGAAUAGAUAUGAAAUCGUUAAAACUCUAGGAGAAGGUACUUUUGGAAAAGUUGUUGAAUGUAAAGAUCAUGCGCAAAAUCGUCGUAUCGCUUUGAAAAUUAUCAAAAAUGUAGAUAAAUAUCGUGAAGCUGCAAUGCUUGAAAUAAAUGUACUAAAUUUCUUGAAUGAACGUAGCACCAAUGUUGAACAUUUAUGUGUAACCUUAUUGGAUUGGUUCGACUAUCAUGGGCAUAUAUGUUUGGCAUUUGAUAUUCUUGGAUUAUCAGUAUUCGAUUUCUUGAAAGAAAAUAAUUAUGUUGGUUAUCCAAUGGAACAUGUUCGUCAUAUAUCCUAUCAAUUAUGUCAUGCUGUUCGCUUUCUACACGAUAAUCAAUUAACGCAUACAGAUUUAAAACCGGAGAAUAUUCUCUUUAAAAAACGACGUCAUGAACGUAUGGUCAAGUGUUCUGAUAUACGUCUGAUUGAUUUUGGUUCAGCGACAUUCGAUUACGAUCAUCAUUCUACAAUUGUAUCAACACGACAUUAUCGUGCACCUGAAGUCAUUUUAGAAUUAGGCUGGUCUCAACCGUGCGAUGUUUGGUCAAUUGGAUGCAUUAUGUUUGAACUGUACACGGGUUAUACGCUUUUUCAGACCCAUGAUAAUCGUGAACACUUAGCUAUGAUGGAACGUACUUUAGGCCAUAUUCCUUAUCGUAUGACUAGGAAAUCACGUCGAACGAAGUACUUUGAUACUUCUGGUAAUCUGUUAUGGGAUGCACAAUCACGUGAAGCCAAAUAUGUCUUGACGCAUUGUCGACCGUUCCGGCGUUAUUGUAAAGAUGAAAGUCAAGAUACACUGGAUUUAUUCGAUCUAAUGUCUAAAAUGCUGGAAUAUGAUCCAGCAGAUCGUAUUCCAUUAUCUGCAGCGCUUACACAUCCCUUCUUUUUACACUUACCUUCACAUCAACGUUUAACAUAUACAAAUCCAUCGGAUACACUUCUACCCCCUAAUGAACGUCGUACAUCUGGUUCACGUAGUACUAAUCAACCAACAACAACAGGUACAAAUGGAUCCUCAUCUUCAUCAUCAGUAUCCUCAGAUGUUAAACGUAAUCGUUAG